CGACGUGAUAGUUGGAGUGCAGUUUGAUUUCACGCUGGAGAAACAACUCCCAGCUGGUAUAAAGAGAGAAACAUAAAGCCGCCAUUUACUGUAACGUCUGGAUGGAUGUGAAAGCGGAGAUGUGUGAGGCUGACAUAAAUAUCACAGAGAAAUGGACUGCAAGUGUCAAGAAGGAGGACUAUGAAUGGGAGUUUGACAACCUUAAACAGGACAGCCUGAGCAUUAAGAAUGAGGAGUGUGAACUGGGAUCAGUGGACGUUAAAGCAGAGGCUGAAGAGAACUCUGUCAACGUUGAAGCACACAAAAAUAAAAGUGUGGAGAGUGUAAGGGAAUUGUACCUUCAUAAUGGCUGUCAAGAUGGAGCAAUGACUGGGUUAGUCUCUUCUGAAAGCAGACCAUGCUCCUCUGACAAUGUAAUGUCUGAAUCAUUACAGUCUGUCACAAGAGGAAUUGAGAAACAUUCAUCUGUUAGAACCCAGAAAGAUGAGCCACCACCUACAAAGCAGUCUGAUAAAGGAAACAAACCCCACUGCUGUUCUGAAUGUGGAAAGCAAUUUUCCUACAGAAGUCAUCUUCAGAGCCACAUGAGAUUUCACACAGGAGAGAAGCCAUAUUGCUGUUCUGAAUGUGGCAAACGAUUCCGUGAAAGGAGAGAUCUGCAGAACCACACUACAGUUCACACAGGAGAGAAGCCAUAUUGCUGUUCUGAAUGUGGCAAACGAUUCUGCUACAGGAGUGGCCUCUGGACCCAUAAAAAAAUUCACACAGGGGAGAAUCUGCCAUAUUGCUGUCCACAGUGUGGCAAACAAUUCCGUGAAAGGAGGACUCUUCAGAAACAUGCUACAAUUCACACGGGUGAGAAACCAUAUUGCUGUUCUCAAUGUGACAAACGAUUCCGUUAUAGCAGUCAUCUUCAGAGCCACAAAAUAAUUCACAGUGGAGAGAAGCCAUAUUGCUGUUUGGAAUGUGGCAAACAAUUCUCAUACAGGAGUGGCCUUUGGACACACAAAAGAAUUCACAUGGGAGAGAAGCCAUAUUGCUGUUCAGUGUGUGGCAAGCAGUUCAAUGAAAGGAAGGAUCUUCAGAAUCACACUGCAGUUCACACAGGAGAGUCUGAAUGUAGCACAAAAUGCCAUGAAAAGGAGGAUAUGCAGGACUACACUACAAUUCACACAGUAGAGAAACCAUAUUGCUGUUCUAAAUGUGACAAACGAUUCUAUUACAGGAGUGGCCUUUGGACCCACACAAGAAUUCACACAGGAGAGAAGAAGCCAUAUUGCUGUUCUGAAUGUGGGAAGCAAUUCCGUGAAAGGGGGGCUCUUCAGAAUCACACUACAAUUCACACAGGAGAGAAGCCAUAUUUCUGUUCUGAAUGUGGCAAACAAUUCCAUUAUAGGAGUGGUCUUUGGAGACACAAAAGAAUUCACACAGGAGAGAAGCCGUUUUCUUGUUUGGACUGUGGCAAACAUUUCUCUGACCGGAGUACUCUUCAGACCCACACUAGAAUUCACACAGGAGAGAAGCCGUUUUCAUGUUCGGAAUGUGGCAAACAUUUCCGUAACAGGGCGAAUCUUCAGAGUCACACUAGAAUUCACAUUGGAGAGAAGCCAUGUUGCUGUUUGGAAUGUGGCAGAAAAUUCUAUGAUGACGGUGAUCUUCAGAGACACACUAGAAUUCACUCUAGGAAAAUCACUCCGGAAAAACAAGAGUCUUUUGGGACUCAAGAGUGAAGUUCAUUCCUGUCUUGAGAAGUUAGCAAACUAAACCAUUGUUGAGAAAUUAGUCCCCUGACAAAAGCCGCAAGGAGUAAAUUAGACAUGGAAGGAGUCAAAAGACACCCACCUAACUAUUCAAGUCUUCAUGAGUUCUUUCAUGGCAAAACUACAUUCUUAGCAUGAAAAUUAUCAAAAAAAAUAAAUCAUAGUGGCUGAACAUCUCCGCCAUUCAAAAGAUGUUCAACCCUCUGCCUCACCACUAGGGCAGGUGAUAGUGAUAGCAACUUUGAAACAUCUUGAUAUAAAGAGAAGAUGUCAAUGCGUGUGACAGUCCAAAUGGACGGUGUGGCUGGUCACACCACAACAGAACACACUAAUUAAUGGCUCUGUGGAAGGGCUGAGAUCAAGAAACGUUCAAGCAAAAUUCCAAUUGUUGAAAUUUCAGUAUUCCAUAUAAACAUAUUGUUUCUACUCUUUUGGGACUUUCCCUAACAGGACGACACACUGAAGAACGUCCCAAAGUGCAAUUGCUGCAUCUGUAGGAAGCCUAUCAGUUGCCAGGGCAACUGCAGGCUCCCAGUGCUGAAGUGGCUCAUCUCAAAAGCAAAUCCGAUCCCACCGCGGUCACGAUAUAGGUGCCUGACAUCAAUGGGUGACGCAAGGAACAUUAGAAUUAGAAUUAGAAUUAGAACAAUCUAGAUGAGAACAGGCCAUUCAGCCCAACAAAGC